AUGCAGCGUGCAAGCGCCAUAUGGACCCGCGAUGUCACUCGUCGUUUGGGUCGCUCGCAGUCCCUCAUAAUCCGGUCCACAACUACGUCAGGCUUCUGGACGGGCUCAUGUCCUUCUUCACGACGCCCUGCCGCCUUCAACCCGCCAUGCAACUUGUCCUACGACCGCCAACGAGACGACCGCUUCUCACUCCCCAGGCCCAAAACAAGCACCGUGCCUGAGGUCGCUGCCCAACCCGAACAUACAUCAUCUCCGCGAAUCCGCCUGCGUCUAGAGGCCAAAAUCGUGGUCCUGGGCAGCCAGGGCGUCGGAAAGACGUCUCUCGUCCAUCGCUACGUGAGGAACGCGUUUACACCACCGUCCACUCAAUCCACAGUGGGCGCAUCCUUCCUGACCAAGCGAGUGGUGGACAUCGACACAUCUACAGUCGUACGUCUUCAAAUAUGGGAUACAGCCGGGCAGGAGAGAUUUCGGUCCAUCACAAAGCUCUACUACAGAGGCGCAAAUGCAGCUGUACUGUGCUAUGAUAUUACAGAUCCUCAGUCCUUUGAAGAAAUGGGCCGCUGGCUGAAAGAACUCAAGACCAAUCUGGGAGAGGAAGUUAUCCUCCACGUCGUUGGAACCAAGUCAGACAUUGUCGCCGAAGAUCCAUCGAAACGCAAAGUCCCCUUUGAGCGUUGCAUCGCGUACGUUGCCGAGAACCUAUACCCCGCGCAGGCUGUGCAGGCACCGAGCAGCCAAACCACUGGCUGGGGCUCCGUCCCGGCCGCCUUCCAAAGUGGUGCUCUCGCCUCACCACAAAGCAACCGAUCUAGCGGCUUCUGGGGACAAGACAUUGGCUGGGACUGCUGUCACGAGAUCAGUGCAAAAGAUGGCGAGGGCGUCGAUGAAGUCUUUCGCGUAAUCACCCGCAAACUUGUCGAGCAACAACAAAAGAAGUUUGAAGAGGAACAGCGCACUCUCGCCAUGGUCGGCAUGACACCUGGCGUCGACAUUAAUGGCAACCCAGGCUACUUUGAUCACCCUGCCAACGGCAACGGAAGCUUCAGGAUCGGCGCAGGCGACCAACGCCGCAGCUGGCUUGGGUUCCCCAACACCCCUGGCCUGGUGGGACAUCAGCAGGAAUGGGAAGAUGAUAUUGUCCGCGUGCAGAAGAGCAAAGGGGGCAGAUGCUGCUGA